AUGAACAGUCCAACUCCGAAUACAGUUGAAGUGGUGGUGGAUAUGCGAGACGCCGCGGGCUGUGCAGUAGAUUUACAUUACCAAAAGGAUGUGUUCGCCGACAUGGUCGGGAUGGACUACAAUGGCAACAAGGUCGUCGUGCCGUGGGAGGAAGGACAGAAACUCGUCUGUUACGGACGGCCAGUGUAA